AUGUGUAAUGUCCAUUUUCAUAGUUUACUCCUGCUGCAUGCAGCGUCCCACACCAAGCCCUGCCACCUGUCACACCACGUCCUGUCCCCUGUCACACCAAGCCCUGCCCCCUGUCACACCAAGCCCUGCCCCCUGUCACACCAAGCCCCGCCCCCUGUCACACCAAGCCCUGCCUCCUGUCACACCAAGCCCUGCCCCCUGUCACAACAAACCCAUGCCUCCUAUCACACCAAACCCUGCCCCCUGUCACAACAAACCCAUGCCUCCUAUCACACCAAACCCAUGCCUCCUAUCACACCACGCCCUGCCCCCUGUCACACCAAGCCCUGCCCCCUGUCACACCAAGCCCUGCCCCCUGUCACACCAAGCCCCGCCCCCUGUCACACCAAGCCCCGCCCCUUGUCACACCACGCCCCGCCCCCUGUCACACCACGCCCCGCCCCCUGUCACACCACGCCCCGCCCCCUGUCACACCAAGCCCUGCCCCCUGUCACACCAAGCCCUGCCUCCUGUCACACCAAGCCCCGCCCCCUGUCACACCACGCCCCGCGUCACACCAAGCCCUGCCUCCUGUCACACCACGCCCCACCCCGUACACCAAGCCCUGCCCCCUGUCACACCAAGCCCUGCCCCCUGUCACACCAAGCCCUGCCCCCUGUCACACCAAGCCCUACCCCCUGUCACACCAAGCCCCGCCCCCUGUCACACCAAGCCCCACCCCUUGUCACACCACGCCCCGCCCCCUGUCACACCACGCCCCGCCCCCUGUCACACCACGCCCCGCCCUCUGUCACACCAAGCCCUGCCCCCUGUCACACCAAGCCCUGCCUCCUGUCACACCAAGCCCCGCCCCUGUCACACCACGCCCCGCCCCCCAUCACACCAAGCCCUGCCACCUGUCACACCACGCCCCGCCCCCCGUACACCAAGCCCUGCCCCCUGUCACUCAAGGAGAACACAUUUGCUUGA